CUGCAGCUAGAAGCGGCUGCUGGCGUAGGCCCCGGGCCCCCGAACAACAACGCUGAGGGCGCAGUCGCCAGCCCACCGCGGGACGAUAAUCACAACGCGUCGCAGCCCACGCCACGAGUUCCACUCACCUCAUCAGAAGCGCUAAAAGCGUAUAGCGAAAGGCUUACUGAAUGGGAGAGGAAUGAAGUGAGGAAAUACCCAGAAGUAUGGUUCCUCGGUCUCGAGGCGAACAAGGUGCAGGCUCGCUCAAAUUUACCCAACAAUAGCGGUUUCGACGAUGAAAAUGGCAGCUACAAUAAGCAAAUCCACGACCACAUAGCGUACCGUUACGAGAUCCUCGAGGUGAUCGGCAAAGGCUCUUUCGGGCAGGUCAUAAGAGCGCUGGAUCACCGCACCGGAGACCAGGUCGCCAUCAAGAUCAUCAGGAACAAGAAACGCUUCCACCACCAGGCGCUCGUCGAGGUGCGAGUGUUGGACCACCUCCGAUUGAAGGACAAAGACCAAUCGCACAACGUUAUACACAUGCUAGAUUACUUUUACUUUAGAAAUCAUCUUUGUAUCAGUUUUGAACUUAUGAGCAUCAACCUUUAUGAACUCAUCAAGAAGAACAACUAUCAAGGUUUCAGUUUGAGUCUCAUCAGACGCUUUGCAAGCUCGCUUCUGCGCUGCCUGAGGUUGCUGGAGAGCGAGAACAUCAUACAUUGCGAUUUGAAACCGGAAAACAUUCUACUCAAAGCGCGAGGCAGUUCAUCCAUCAAGGUGAUAGACUUCGGUAGCUCGUGUUACACGCACGCGCGCGUCUACACCUACAUCCAGUCGCGCUUCUACCGAAGCCCAGAGGUCAUACUUGGUCUUCAGUACGGCACGCCCAUCGACAUGUGGAGUAUGGGCUGCAUCCUCGCAGAACUACACACGGGUUACCCACUGUUCCCGGGCGAGAACGAGUCGGAGCAGUUGGCAUGUAUCAUGGAAGUGCUGGGGACGCCGCCGCCGGAUCUACUGCUGCACGCUACAAGAAAGAGGCUGUUCUUUGAUUCAAAAGGCUCUCCGCGGACGGUCACUAACUCGAAGGGCCGCAAGCGCAGGCCGGGCUCGCGGGCGCUCUCAGCCGCCGUGCGGACUGAUGACCCAGCUUUCCUACACUUUUUACAUCGCUGUCUAGAAUGGGAUCCAAAACGCCGCAUAACGCCUACAGAGGCGACACGUCACGAGUUCGUUACGGGCUGCGCUCUGGGAACAACAACAGCAGGAGUGUUGGCUCUGCCUCGCCUAGCACCACCUAGACCUGCCCGCACAGCACUCUUGCACUCCCAAUCAGCUGGUGACGUGGCCGCCAUGCUGGGUCGAGCGUGA